AUGCCUAAACCUGGUGAAAAGAUUUAUUUUGAAGAUUAUAAUAAAUCUAUCAUGCACCCAUUUGUGAUAUACGCUGAUUUUGAAUGUAUCCUUAAAAAGAUAAAUACUGCUUCUCCUAAUCCAAAAGAACCAUAUACAAAUAAAUAUCAAAAACAUAUUCCUUGUGGUUUCUGUUAUUAUAUCAAAUCAUCUGUUGGAGAAAAGUAUAACAAACUUGAACAUUAUCGUGGAAAAAAUGCUUCACAAGAGUUUGUAAAACGAUUAGAAAAGGAUUGUAUAAGACUCACUAAAUUAAUGAAAGAAACAAAUGAACCGAUGAAAUUAACCAAAGAAGAAAAAUUAGAAUUUAGAAUGAACAAUAUCUGUCAUAUUUGUGAGGGGGAAAUUAAGGAGUCUAAAGUUAGAGACCAUUGUCAUCUUACUGGUAAAUAUAGAGGUCCCGCUCAUUCCUGUUGUAAUCUUAAUUAUAAAUUACCUUCUUUUAUUCCAGUCUUUCUUCACAACAGCGCCAACUAUGAUACACAUCUAUUUAUAAAUGAACUUUCAAAAACACCAGGGAAUAUUUCUGCUAUAACAAACACAAGUCAAAAGUAUAUUUCAUUUUCAAAAAUGAUAUUCACAAAACCUUUAACUCGUAUUAGGUUUUUAGAUUCUUACAAGUUUAUGGGAACACCACUAGCCUACCUCGCAUCAAAUCUAAGCUCCACGGACUCUUUUCCAAAUCUUAAUUCAUUCUUUCCAAAAGAGGAAAUUCUCACUAAAGAGGAAAUUCAGAUUAAAGAGAGAAUUCAAAGUAAAGAGGAAACUCUAAUUAAUGAAGAAAUUCUAACUGAAGAUGAAAUUCUAAUUAUAAAGAAAAUUCGAACUAAAGAGGAAAUUCAGAUUAAAGAUGAAAUUCUGAUUAAAGAAGGAAUUCUUACGAGAGAGGAAAUUCAAACAAGGAAUGAAAUUCAAAGUAAAGAGAAAAUUCUUACAAGUAAGGGAAUUUAUCCUUAUGAUUAUAUGGAUUCAUUUAUGAGAUUUAAAGAAACACAACUUCCUUCAAAAGAAAGUUUCUAUAAUAACCUUUAUGAAGAAGAGAUAAGUGAUAAGGAAUAUAAACACGCACAAGAAAUAUGGAAAAUAUUUAAGAUAAAGAACCUUGGAGAAUAUCAUGAUUUAUAUCUAAAAACAGAUGUUUUAUUGUUAGCUGAUGUGUUUGAGGCUUUUAGAACACUCUGUCAUAAUAAAAAUUGUUAUGGAUUAGACCCUGCCCACUAUUUCACAGCUCCUGGUUUAGCUUGGAGUGCAAUGUUGAAAAUGACAAAACAAGAUAUAGAUUUAAUCAGUGAUGUUGAUAUGCUUUUGAUGAUUGAGAAGUCCAAGAGAGGUGGAAUAUCACAAGUAUGUUCAAAAAGAUAUGCGAAAGCAAAUAAUAAAUAUCUCCCAAAUUAUGAUAGUGAAAAAGAUAGUAAUUAUUUGAUGUAUUUUGAUGCUAAUAAUUUGUAUGGAUGGGCAAUGUCUCAAUCUCUACCUUAUGGUAAAUUAGAGUGGGUGGAAGAAAAGGAUUAUGAAAAGGCUUUGAUGAAUAUUGUUAUUUCUUCUCAAGAGGAAUUGAAUGACGAAGAAGAAGGUUAUUAUUUUGAAGUUGAUUUGAGGUACCCGAGUGUUCUUCAUAAUAAGCAUAAAGACCUUCCUUUUGCAUGUGAGAAAGAAACCCCAAAGAAAGAAUGGUUCAGUGAUUAUCAUAAAAGUUUUAAUAUUAAAGGCAAAUCAACAGAAAAGUUAUUAACAACAUUCUAUGAUAAAGAGGGAUAUGUUUUACAUCAGAGAAGCUUAAAACAGUUUUUGAGAGAAGGAUUGAGA